AUGAGCAACGACAAACAUAGCAUUGCGGCUGACGACCCAAAAGUCGACUGCAUAGACGAUACGCAAGCUGUUCACUAUGUCAUUGAUCCAGACGAAGAAAAGGCCGUUAUCAAAAAGCUUGACCGGGUUAUUCUGCCCUUGAUGGCCUUGGUCUCCUUUUUCCAAUAUCUAGAUAAGCAGAGUAUCAACUAUGCAUCUGUCUUCGGGCUCUCCGAUAACCUGAACCUCACGAACGGCGAGUACUCUUGGGCAGUCUCAUUAUUCUACUUUGGACAGUUCGUAUCGGAGUACCCCGCUGCUUAUCUUAUGAGUCGUUUCAACGUGGUGCGAUUUAUUGGUAUUUGCAUCAUUCUAUGGGGAGCAGUGGCAGGCUGUUUGGGAGCAUCCCAGAACUUUUCUAGCCUGGGAGCAAUCCGAUUCCUCCUCGGCCUUACCGAAGGCGCAGUUGCUCCGUCUUUUAUGAUUAUAACCAGCACGUGGUAUAAGCGACGCGAGAAUCCAAUCAGAGUAGCUGUCUGGGUAUCAAUGUUCGGGGUCUCCCAGAUAGCUGGUGCGCUGAUGAUGUAUGGCAUCGGCCUAGCGAAGAUGUCUAUCCAGACCUGGAGGGUCAUGUUCAUCGUCUGUGGUGGCCUUACGAUUCUUGCCGGUGUGCUGUUCAUCCUGUUCAUGCCCCGAGACCCAUCUUCUGCCUGGUUCUUGAAGGAGCAUGAGCGCAAGAUUGCUGUAGAGCGUCUUGCACUCGACCGAGCGACCAGAGAUCGUUCCGAAUUCAAUGUUUCUCAGAUGAAGGAGGCUUUCCUCGACCCUCGAACAUGGCUGUAUUGUUCAAUGGCUCUCUUCAUCUGCAUUCCAACCCCGAUCGUCAAGUUCUCCUCGAAAGUCAUCCACGGAUUCGGCUACACACCAUUAGUAACGAUGCUUGUCGGCCUUCCCGGAGGUGCCAUAGCCUUCACACUGAUUUGGAUCGGUGCCAUCGGCCCGCUCUACUUCCCCAACAGUCGAUGUUUCUUUGGCAUUUUCUUGGCUCUGAUGCCGAUGAUGGGUAGUUUGCUAGUCUUAUUUCUCCCACAAGCCCAGCCUUGGGGCAUCGUUGCUGGCACUUGGUUUGCCGCAAGCACUGCACCACCAUUGGGACAGGCCAUGGCGCUCAUGGCCGCAAACGUGAAAGGAAACACCAAAAAGUCAGUCGUGGGGGCCCUUUUCUUCAUAUUUUAUUGCGUCGGCUGCAUUGUCGGGCCGCAGCUUUGGCAAGAGCCCGAUGCCCCUCGCUACACCAAAGGCUGCAUCGCCAGCGUUGUCAGCUGGUGCCUGCUUGUUUGUGCCUUCACUCUAUUCUACGUCACAGGGCGAAGCAGCAAUGCAAAACGCGACGCCGCCUCCCACCAGGCUCUUGGUGAAGUUGCCACUGAAGGUUUGGGGGUUGCGAUCGAUGAUGACAGCACGGAGCGCCAGGACAAACUCUUCAGAUACUCGCUUUAA